UGCCUUCUUGCACAUCUACCUCGAAGUUGUUAGUUGCUCUUUGGGUUUAGUUGCGCGAAAGCUACCGGUCGUGGCACACACACGCGAUUAUCGGUGCCAUCGUUUCCAUGGAUAAUAGGUGACGACGAGUCUUUCUCAAAUUUUGGAUAAAGCAUCAACGACAACUGCAAAGACAAGAUGGAAUUGCACACGAAAUCAUCAAGACCUUCUCCAGAAAAAAAUUCCAAGGGCAAUGAAACAAUGUUUAAAAAUGACGUACUAUCAGGGAAUGGGACAACCUAUGGAGCCUUUCAAUCAAAAGAUCCGAUACUAUCGAUGGAGAAGGGGAUUAACGAAAAACAAGGUGACGAUGGCCACGGAAUGGGCUCGCAUCAUCCAACCUCGUACUUGGAAACGAUGAUGCACCUGUUCAAAGGUAACGUCGGUUCGGGAAUCUUUGCACUGGGCGAUGCGUUCAAAAAUGCUGGAUUGUUGCUUGCACCACCACUCACGAUCUUUCUUGGAAUCAUCUGCGUUCACGCGCAACAUAUUCUUUUGAAAUGCAAUGAAGAAGUAACUAGAAGACUGGGAGAUUCAAUUACAACACAACCCGGUUUUGCUGGAACGGUAGAAUUAUGUUUUGCAACAGGUCCUAUUCCAUUGAGGAAGUAUUCCGUUUUCAUGAGAAAAUUAGUUAAUGUCUUUCUAUGUGUUACGCAACUCGGAUUCUGCUGUGUCUAUUUUGUCUUUAUAUCCACAAAUAUGAAACAGGUACUUGACGUUUACGGAUGGGAGUUGAGUGUCAAUCUUCACAUGGCUAUUAUUCUCAUACCAAUAAUUUUGAGUACUUGGAUUCGAAAUCUCAAGUACCUGGUGCCAGUUUCUUCAGUGGCGAAUUUUCUCGUUCUCUCCGGCUAUAUGGCCACAAUGUACAUUAUGUCCCACGAUCUACCUCCAAUCAGUGAAAGAAGAUAUGUUGCAGACUGGAAAGCCAUUCCUCUAUUUUUCGGCACUGUGAUCUACUCCUUCGAAGGCAUUACUCUGGUAUUACCUUUAAAAAACGAAAUGAAAAAACCAAGAAAUUUCAACAAAACUCUUGGAGUCUUGAACGUGGGAAUGGUGUUCGUUGGUGUAAUGUUUGUCUCAAUGGGAUUCCUCGGUUACUUGAAGUACGGGGACACAGUUAAGGGCUCAGUCACCUUGAAUCUCGAAUCUGGACCGGGGCAAGGAGAUGAUACAGAUAAUUUCGUCCAUACAAGAUUACCUCAAUGCAUAAAAUUGGCAAUUUCACUCAGUAUUGUGUUGACCUACGCCUUGCAAUUCUAUGUGCCAAUUGCUAUAAUCUGGCCGAAAAUUCUCGAACAAUAUGGUCCAUUUCAGUAUCCGGUUGCUAGCGAAAUUCUCUUCAGGUCAAGUUGUUGUUUCUUAACUUUCAUUCUCGCUGAGGCAAUUCCGCAUUUGGGUCUUUUCAUCUCACUCGUCGGUGCAGUGAGCAGUACAGCAUUGGCACUUCUCUUCCCGCCAAUAAUCGAAAUGGUCGUCUGCUGGCAGAGUCCAAAAUUGGAUAAAAUGACAAUAACAAAAGACAUAUUCAUAUUGCUAAUUGGCCUUUUGGGAUUCGCUACAGGAACUUACGAGAGUAUUACAGCGAUUGUCAGUCAAUUCAGUAAAAGUGAUUGACAACAAAAAAUUCCAUCAUUCACCACAUACAUAAAAACAAUUUUGACAAUAAUUCGACUUUGAAAAUUAGUUUUUAGAUCCGAACAUAGCUUUCUUUUCGGUUGGAAAAUUUUUACCUAAAAAUUAAAAUAAUAUAUAGUGUUUGUUGAUUUAAAAAAAUGGUCAGGUUCAGCUGCCUCUGUAAACUAAACAUGUAUAUAAAAUUAUUAGCUUUUAAGUGCAUAGUAUUAUCUACAUUACGUAAAUA